UCAUCGCUCCAUGCUGUUUUCCAGCAUGGCCCAGAAGCAGAAGAAAGCUAAGAUGUUGCCUGAAAGCUUUGAUCACGGCAGCAGCGACGAGUUUGAAAAUGAAGAAGACGGAGAACAAGAACAUGAGCAGGGCCCGUCGAAGGGGGCAUCGGGAAAAGGCAGCAGUGGAUUUACCCUCGACGAGGUUUUGCGUUUGGGAGGCACUAAAGCAGACUAUAUCAUGCUCGCCAGUCUAAACGAAUCCCAAGAGCUCGAAGAUGGCGGUAAGAAAAACUCCAUGGACGACCUGACAGAGGGCGAGCUCAAGGCCUUCAUCACUAAGCUGGGAAUACAAGCAUACUCCCAGCGCCUUCACGUGAUAAAGGAACAUCCUGAGGAGCAGGAGGCCAGUGGAGCCAAGAAGAAGAGCGGGAGCAGCGGCACAGUAACGGGAAAGGCUGAGGCAGUCUCGCAGAAAGCCAAAGCAGAAUUAAAUGGGGAACGGCAGCAACGUAAAGAGAAGAUAAAAAAGGCAAAGGAAUCCAAGGAAAAGCCUGGCAUUGAGGUUUCUGGGAAGAAGGCCAAGGCCAAUGCCAACAUCUUUGAGUUCCAGCCGAGAACUGUGUUGCUUAUUAAGCCAGGGGGCAAGUGGUUCGAAAUGGAGUACACGAGUGAGGGUGAUUCGACUCCACAGGAUGAGUCUGUUGUCGCCAGGUACAAGGCUUUGGCUCAGAAGUUGUUAGAGGCUGAGACGGAGCUCUUCAAAACCAAGAAGGGUCCGCAGAAGGGAGCCAAUUCCUCCUGGGUGAAGACGGUGGUCUCUAAAGGGACGCUGCCUGACAGGAUGGCUGCGUUGACUUUGUUGAUCCAGGGCUCGCCGGUCCACAGCCUGGAAUUUGUCGAAAACUUGGUUUCGCUGGUCAAGAAGAAGGGCAACCGCCGGCAAACCAUGAUGGCAGUGGACACGCUCCGGGAGCUGCUGAUGUCCGACCUGCUACCGGAGAACCGCAAGCUUAGGACGUUCUCCCAGCACCCCUUCCAGAAACUGGAAGAGUUGGCAAGUGGCAACAGGGAUUCCCGAGACCGCAGGCUCAUCCUCUGGUACUUUGAGCACCAGCUGAAGCACCACGUGGCGGAGUUUGUGCAAGCACUCGACGUCCUGGCCCGAGACACGGUAACGGCCACCAAAUCCCAAGCUCUGACCACAGUGCAUGAGCUGCUUUGCAACCACCCCGAGCAGGAGAAGGCACUCCUUGGCCAGAUUGUCAACAAGCUGGGUGACCCUGAGUACAGAGUAGCAGCCAAGGCCUCCUACCUGCUGGAGACGCUCCUGCACAAGCAUCCCAGCAUGAAAGCGGUGGUGUGCAGUGAGGUGGAGCGACUGAUGUUCAGGCCCAACAUCAGCCCCAAGGCACAGUACUAUGCUGUCUGCUUCCUCAACCAGGUGGUGCUGAGCCACGAAGAGGCCGACUUGGCUAGCAGGCUCAUCACCAUCUACUUCUCCUUCUUCCACGCCUGUGUCAAGAAAAAGGACGUUGAGUCCAAGAUGCUGAGCGCCCUGCUUUCUGGCGUGAACAGGGCCUACCCGUACGCCAGUGCGGGAGACGACAAGGUCAGGGAGCAGAUGGACACUCUGUUCAAAGUGGUCCACCUGGUGAAGUUCAACACCGCUGUCCAGGCGCUCAUGCUGCUUUUCCAGGUGAUGGACUCCCAGCAGGCCAUAUCUGAUCGCUACUAUGUAGCCCUUUACAGAAAGCUGCUGGACCCUGGGCUCUCGCUCUGCUCAAUUCAGGGCAUGUUCCUUAACCUGCUCUUCAAGUCCAUGAGGGCGGACAUCAUCCUGCGGCGAAUCAAGGCCUUUGUGAAGAGGCUGCUGCAGGUCAGCUGUGAGCAAAACCCCACCUUUGCGUGCGGCGCUCUCUUCCUCGUGUCGGAGGUGAUGAAGGCCAAGCCUGGCCUCAGGAUGCUCCUGCAGGAACCCGAAGCUGGUGAAGAGGAAACCUUCAAAGACAUCUUGGAGGAAGAUGAUGAUGAUGAAGAGAGGUUUACAGAUGCUGAUAAGGUGGGAGGAGGGCAAAGCGAUAACCCAGAACCGCACAAGCAGGUUGCUUCCUGGGUGCAUCACCAAAAUUUGGAAGCGGGAAAAAGCAGCGAGACCUAUGACCCUCUGCACAGAAACCCCUUGUUCUGCGGGGCCGACCGCACCACGCUGUGGGAGCUACGGAAGCUCUCUGCACAUUUUCACCCCUCUGUGGCCCUGUUUGCGAAGACCAUUUUGCAGGGCGACUUCAUCCAAUACACAGGCGACCCUCUUCGAGAUUUCACUCUCAUCAGGUUCCUUGAUCGUUUUGUCUUCAGGAAUCCCAAACAGCACAAAGUCAGAGAAAACACAGACAGCACCGUGAUGCAGAGCAAGCCGAGGCAAUCCAUGAAUGACAUCCGCUCCAUGCCUGUGAACUCCAAGGAGUUUCUGGCCAAAGAGGAGAGCGAGAUUCCAGUUGAUGAGGUGUUCUUCUAUCGGUUCUUCAAGAAGCGUGAGGCAGAGAGGCCAAUGCGACGCCAGCGGCGAGAUGGGGAUGAUGAUAGCGUGGAGGAUGUAGACGAUGAUGAGUUUGAAAGGGCUUUGGAUUCAUUUGAGGAAGACAGUUACUUCCCAGCUCUUGAAGACGACGAUCUGGACUUUGCUGGAAAUGUGAAGGAUAAGUCAAAGAAGAGGCGACAUGAUGAGGAAGACACCGACUCAGACUUAGGUGAAGACCUGGAUGAUGAAGAGGUGUCCCUGGGCAGCAUGGAAGAGGAGGACUUUGGAGACGAACUGGAAGAGGAGGGAGGCGCCUUCAUGGACGAGGAAGAUGGAGAUGAAGAUGACGAGGUGGCUGCAGAAUCAGGAGAUGAGAUGAAUGAAAUCACAGAAGUCAGUGCAGCAUCCAAGGGCAAGAGAAAAAAAUCAGGGGAGCUUGACUUCUGUGGGUCUGUUGGAACAAAGGCUGGCCGAAAGAAGAAGAAAGUAAUGAAGAACGAUGCAAGCAUGUUUGCUUCUGCUGAGGAGUUUGGAUAUCUUCUGGAUGAAAAUGCAGGAUCAAAGUUUGACAACAUUGGCAUGGAUGCAAUGGCAAACAAAGACAAAGCAACCCUGAAACAGCUGAAGUGGGAGGCCCAGAGGGAUGACUGGAUUCAGGGUCGAGACGUCAAGACGCUCCGCAGGAAAAAGGCUGCCUUUCAGAAAAAGAAGAAGUUUGGCAAAAUAAAGGGUGGUAAAAAAUAUUAAACGAACUGAUAACCACCCUGUAGACAGCAGGGUACAAGAGUGAGCGGAACUGACACUCAACAGUUACUGCCCCAUCGCUUCCUGCUGGUGCUAACCUGUAGCUUGGGGGGUGGACUCACCUGUAGGGUGAGCUGAAUUCUA